AUGACUGAUACUGCUAAAAAAGUGAAUACAACUACAACACCAAAAAAGGCCGUACCGAAAGUACCAGAAGUCUUAUUAAAAAAACGAAAACUCUAUGCUGAUCUUAAAGCACGUCGACUUCGUGCUCAAGUUCAAGCAGCUAAACACAAAAAAUACAAACGUUUAGUUAUAUUUAAACGUGCUGAAAGAUAUAAUAGCGAAUAUCGUAAAAAAGAACGUGAUUUAAUUCGUCUUAAACGUUCAGCUAAAGUUCGUGGUAAUUAUCAUGUUGAAGCUGAACCAUCACUUGCUUUUGUUAUUCGUAUUCGUGGUAUUCGUGGUGUUCAUCCACGUGUAAAAAAGGUUCUUCGUCUAUUUCGUUUACGUCAAAUAAAUAAUGGUGUCUUUGUUAAACUUAAUAAAGCUACUAUUCAAAUGUUACGUAUUGCUGAACCAUAUAUAGCUUGGGGUUAUCCAAAUUUAAAAUCUGUUCGUGAACUUAUUUAUAAACGAGGUUUUGGAAAAGUUAAUAAACAACGUAUUCCAUUAAGUGAUAAUAGUGUUAUUGAAAAAUCUCUCGGUAAACAACAUAUUAUUUGUAUGGAAGAUCUUGUUCAUGAAAUUUUUAAUGUUGGAGAAAAUUUUAAAAAGGCUUCAAACUUUCUCUGGCCAUUUAAACUUAAUAAUCCAAAAGGAGGUUGGCGAAAGAAAGCUAAUCAUUUUGCUGAUGGUGGUGAUUUUGGAAAUCGUGAACAAUAUAUAAAUCGAUUGCUACGUAAAAUGGUUUAG